CCAAAUUCAACCAUUUGCCUAGUUUUGCAGGUAGAGGAAUAGGGCCAGCGAGGAAGUGCACUUUUCCAGCUCGCACAGCUGAAGUGUUACAACCAGGAACGCCUCUUACCCCGCACCGUUCUAUUUAAAAGUAUCCAGGCUUCAGAACCUUAAAUGCUUUCCUUCAACAAAGUGGACUGAGUAUUGCUAUACUGGGACCCACGUUUCAAGAUUUGGCAACGAAUGUAAACCGAAAUAUCAGCAGUCUUUCUCUAAUUUUUGUGGGCCGGGCAUCUGGAUAUUUGUGUGGCUCUAUGAUUGGUGGUGUUCUUUUUGACUGUAUGAAUCAUUUUAUAGUUUUGGGGAUGUCACUGUUGGGUACCACCGUUGGUCUGUAUACCAUUCCUUUUUGCAAAACACCAGUAUUACUGAUUGUCAUGAUGUCUGUCUUCGGCAUUGCAAUUGGCAUUCUGGAUACAGGUGCCAACGUCCUUAUCCUGGCUCUGUGGGGAGACAAGGGAGCCCCACAUAUGCAGGCUUUACACUUCAGUUUUGCCUUGGGUGCCUUUUUGGCUCCUAUUCUGGCAAAAUUGGCCUUGGGGAUGACCAUGUCAGCUGAAAACCACACAGAGCCUGACCUUCACCAUCCAGCCCUCAACCGAUCACCUGAAGCCGACCCAGACCUUCUGUUUGCAGCACCUGAUGACUUGAACUUACUGUGGGCUUAUGCUUCCGUCGGCACUUACACCUUUGUAGUUUCUGUCUUCCUGUUUGCUCUGUUUUUCAAGAAAACCUCGAAGCACGAAAAGUCAACAGCGUCUGCUCAGGAAUCUCGAAGAGCUAAACAUCACAAGGCCCUGCUCUGCCUCCUUUUUCUGUUCUUCUUUUUUUACGUUGGAGCUGAGAUAACCUACGGCUCUUACAUUUUCUCCUUUGCCACCACCCACGUUGGCCUGGAGGAAAGCGAAGCCGCCGGCUUGAACUCCAUCUUCUGGGGGACCUUUGCAGCCUGCAGGGGCCUGGCAAUCUUCUUUGCUACAUGUUUACAGCCUGGCACCAUGAUUGUGCUGAGCAACAUUGGCAGCCUGGUCUCAUCUUUAUUCCUGGUGCUUUUUGACAAGAGCCCACUUUGUGUCUGGAUAGGGAGUUCUGUGUAUGGGGCCUCAAUGGCCACCACCUUUCCCAGUGGUAUUUCUUGGCUUGAGCAGUACACGACCAUAAGUGGGAAAUCUGCGGCCUUUUUUGUCAUUGGUGCUUGUCUGGGAGAAAUGGCUAUUCCUGCAGUCAUUGGAAUUCUUCAAGGACAAUACCCAGAUUUGCCAGUAGUUUUGUACACGUGUUUGGGGUCAGCAAUAUUCACUGCGGUAUUAUUUCCUGUGAUGUAUAAAUUAGCCACCUUGCCUCUGGAUCGCCACCAGAAAGAAAACAGAAAGAAUGAGGACCAGAAAGCUUUGCUGAAUGACUUUGAAGAAUAUAAUGAAGGAGAGGAUGCAGAAAGGUGGAAUGAGAUGGAUUUUGAAGUUGUUGACAUGAAUGUUAUGGUGAGGCCUUCUGUCAUACAGACAUCCAGAAAUAUUUUGAUGGAGCCUGGAUCUGACGAAUCCAACUAGUUUCGCUCAACUGCAAUGAUGUUUGAGUGUUCUCCACUCAGUAUUGGUGAUUGUCUAUGGAAUACUUCACCGGAGAUGAGGAGAAAGUGGACUAACGUUAGAAAAGAUGGAUUACUUAGUAACUUCCCUGAGUAAUUGCCAUUUCUAAGGAGUCCAUUUGGAGAAGAGCCUUAGCAGAUUUUCUGCUUGCUUUAUUAGCCCAUCUGUAGCAAAUGUAAAAGUUUUGAAAUACCAGUUGGUCUUAUAAAGUAGAAUUUGUUAUCAGACUAGUGUUUGGCAUGAGACUGAGUAGGUAAUAAUUUAUGAAUUCCACCUAUCAGAGCAUACAAAGAAAACUUUUUUUCUUCGAGAAGUUGGAUAUAGUUCUAAUAGAGCAAAACCAUGAAGAAGUGAUUUGCUAGGGAAAUGACUGGGUAUCCAUACCCUGCUGGGAAGUUGGGUUGAGUCAUUUCACAAAAGGGCAUGCUUGGAAGUAGAUGUUUUUAUUAAUUGCUUUACCUUUUCUGUAUGAUUGACCCAAGAAUGCUAAUAACUCAUUUCAGUUUUUUUAAAAACUUUUUUGGAUCAGUUUAUAUUCUAUGAAGAGAACAUAAAGCAGGGCCCAAUGGAUCUGACUUCAAGAGAUGACUACCUUUGGGUCUGUCUUGCAUCACUGACAUGGGUCUCAUUUAUCUUGUGAUCUUUGAUUCUGGAAGUGAUAGUGAGAUGAGUUCUAUCUAAAUUGAGAAACUUAAUGGGUUUUCAGUUUACAGGAUGUCUGCUAGAAUAGCCCAUUCUUCAUUUUAAAUGAUCUGGGUAAUAAGAAUAAUAAAUAGCUCUAUUGUUGUGCUACUGAUUAUGAAUUAAUAUAAUUUAUAUUUAGUGUUUUCUUUGAAUAAGUAUUUAAAGAAUACUUUUGUAGGUGCUGCAUUUCAUGGCUCCUAAGAUAACCUUCUUCCCAUACUUUUUUAAAACUUGUCUGAAACGGGAUAUGUCUUGCAUCAGUUACUAUUUAAUAUAUACCAAUUCUAACUGACAGGUCUUUCCAUUUAUAUGAAAGAUUGUGUUUUAUAAUGAGUAUCUCAGUUUCAGUAAAAUACAGUGAUUCAUUCAAUUAUGGAGAGUAGACAAUUUUUGCAGACAUUUGUAAAAAUAAAGUUAUUGUUAUAGCUUUCUCCCUACUUAUGUUUAGAGGGGAUUUGGAGACACUGUGUUCUGAUGUCAGCAGCUGCUUCAGAGUUACUGUGUUCACAGCAGGCAUUGGAUGGAUCUUUCGGGGCCCUUGCCAUACCUUAGGAGCCUCCAUGGUUCCAAGUCAUGCUAUUUCCGGAUUCAGUGUUAGUGUGUUUUGGGUUUUAAUCACAGAAUAACUACUGCAAAGCAGUGAGGCCUUGUCUUCUACAAGGAUCCAUAUAUGUGUGUCACCCAUCAGACUUCUUCCUGAGUUUGAAAUGCCCAGGAGGCCAAACUAAAGUUGAGAAAGUGCAUUGGUGGCCAGCAAGUCAGGGAUAAGACAGGAGGUACUUCACACAAGUAUGGCAAAACUAGCGUGGCCAUCCUUUGACAAAUGACUAGGAUUGAUGACAGAUUUUGUGUACUUUUUCCCAUGUUUUAUGCUGAACAAAUCAAAUUUCUCUGAUUACAGUAUUUUUGCUUGCUCUUUUUCUUUCUCUUAACUAAUUUUUGUAAAUUCACUCUCAGAAAGUUGUUUGGGUUUGUCUGACAGGAAAUACAGUACCCAUUCACCUUAUGCCCACCUCAGCGCUGGUUCAUGUUAAUAAUACUUGGAGAGGGCUGGUGGAAAGAUUGACAGUGAGAAACCCUUUCCUUUUUAUUUUUUUUUUUUGAACUAUACUUAGCUUGAGCUUAGAAAAUACCUCUGUCCAAUUUACUGCUUUUCCUCAAAUUGUUGGGCUUCAAGCAGUUGUAGUAGUUCGGCCUUUGGGAGGCUUGUUACACAAGGGAUUCUACUAUGACAUCUACUUUUAAAGGGUAGAAGGUGGAGUUGAGGGAGAGAAGCAUAGUAAGAAGACUAUGACACAAAACCCAGAAAUCCAUAUUGGAAAAUUCACUAAGAUUCCACAGUUCAAAAUAUGAGUGUCUCUAAGAGAGGAGACAUUGUUAUGGUUUGAAAGUGUAUUUCCGUAUUGGAAGGAAAAGAUAGAAUGAUUCCAGUAAUUAG